GAAGAAGCUGAGUGUUAGAAGUUGUCCCGUAGGAGGGGCCACCAAGCCCCUCUCCCUCAUCAAGCCCCCUCCUCCUCCAUCCUCACAAAGCAUCUCUAUCUCCGUUCUACCGGCCAACCCGGUCGCCAAGACAGCUCCCGUUGCCAUGGUGACAGCGCACAUGACCGGUGGACAAAAGGUGGUGUCGGGAAGCGCAGCUCCAGGGAGCUCCUCCUCUCCUCCUCCUCUACAGACAUCCUCCAUCAACCUCCAGACCAAUAGAGGGUCGGGGGGGGCGGUGCUACAGCCUUACAGUAGGAGAGAGAUGCUGGGAAACCUAACAGUAGUGCCCAUCAAGGUUCCUCAGGUCAGCUCUCUACACCGGCUGUCUGGACAGACCUCCACUGUUCUACCUCAGGUUCAGCCAAAGAGUGUGAUCCCAGCCAGCCUCCUCCCCAGCCACAGCCCUGUGUCUCUCCCUAGGGAGCAGCCAGCCAGCCUCCUCCUCAGCCACAGCCCUGUGUCUCUCCCUAGGGAGCAGCCAGCCAGCCUCCUCCUCAGCCACAGCCCUGUGUCUCUCCCUCAGGAGCAGCCAGCCAGCCAGAAACAGUCAUCCUGUCAGGCCCUCAGUCUCCUCAACCUCCAGAGAGCUACCGCUGUAGUCAGCCCUAAGAGCCACGCCCACAGUUUUAACCACACCCACAGCUCUAGCCACACCCUCACCCAGAGCCACACCCUCGGCCCGGCCCUGCCUACAGCCAACAGCACGUUCAGCCCAGAACGUCUCUCCAUAGGCCAUGGAGACACAGCCACCUCCACAACCUUUCACCCCCUCCCCUGGCCCAGACCCUGGUCUCUCCCCUGGCCCAGACGCUGGUCUCUCCCCUGGCCCAGACCCUGGUCUCUCCCCUGGCCCAGACCCUGGUCUCUCCCCUGGCCCAGACCCUGGUCUCUCCCCUGGCCCAGACCCAGGCCUCUCCCCUGGUCCAGACACACCUGGCCUGGAGGCAUCUCCCCCACCUCUACCAGCAGCAGCAGCCCAACAGCCACCUCAGCCUCAGUUGCCCCCGGUGUGACCUUCUCCAUCAUCUCUGCCUCUCCGCCCGCCGACACCGGGAACAACAGGGUGUGGACCAUCACCAAGAAGAAGAAGGAUGAGGACUCAGAGGUUCUCCGGUAUGGUGCUACUGACUGGUUCUCUGGUAUGGUGCUACUGCUGGGUUCUCUGAAAAUGUCCUUCAUGGUGGCUCUUGGCCUGGUCACUACAGAGACACUGGAAGAGAUCCAGACCAAGAGACAGGAGAGGAAGAGGCGGAGCACAGCCAACCCAGCCUACAGCGGCCUGGUCCAACCAGAG